AGUAAAAGUUUUUAAAACGGUGAAUUGUAGUGUUUAUGAUUAAAUAUCGCAAACUAGAACUGUUUUUUUAAAAUAUAAUCGACAGUGCUUCUAAAUUAUUAAAAAACGGUAAGGAAAAAGUUAAAGAAUAAAUGCAAGGAGCGAAGGCUAUUGACUCGUUUGAAAUGCGUAGACGUAAUUAUUUGCAAAAUAAACAGGGGAGGACGUUUCUAAAGAAGGGUAAUAAGCACAGGCCACCAGCAGCAGGCGACUUCUUUCGAGUAAUUUUUGAGAAUUCAAAGGACUAUGAAGUUAGAGUAACCUCUAGUAAUCCACAAACAGAAGUUUGCGUAGUCGAAGUCUGUGGAUUAUUAACAGAGCACAUAGUUAAGUUCCAUCAGCUCUUAGAUUCACGUGGAGAUGCCGCCCGUCGUGAGCAGUGGUGCAAUGCACCCACUAUACAGCCUAUCGUCACCACAUCGGUUAACUGUUCAGAAUGUGAAGUUGGGGAUACAGUACGUGUCAAGUGUGAAGACAAGUUGGAUUUUGAAGCUAAAGUUGAGAAUAUAGUGAAGGAAGGUGAACUUUAUACAGUUCGGUUAAUACACAACGAUGAGGUUAAAACAGUUCCAGUAGAUGAAUUACUGCCGUGGAUUCAGGAUACAAAAUUAGUAUAAAAAGAAAAUAAUAUUGAAGAUAUUUACAGAAUUACAUAUAUAUUAAAUUAAACACUUGAUUUCGUAUUAGCUAUUCAUCGCUUUUUUGGAAUUGUAUUAAUUAUUAUACAACAACAUUUUCUUAUUAAUUUGUGAAAAUCUAUUUAAUAAUAUAAA